AUAUAUUUGCUAUUUCUAGUAUAUUUGUCAGCAUCUAAUGAGCUACUAUUCCUUUUUUAUUAUUUCUCUUGGUAUGGGUGAUUAUUUAUUUAUAAAUUUCACUUCAUUUAAUGUUAAUAUAUUUGUACCUUGUUAUUAAUAACACAAUAAUUGAGAAGAUAAAAGAAAAAAUAUUAUUCAUGGAUAUUCAUAGCUACCUUGUGUAUGGACAUGAUUUUAAUUUUCUACCCGAAUCUUGCACGGAAAUAGGUGCGGGUAAAACGAAAAAAACUAAUUAGGAUAGGAUAAUGAAUAGUCGCUAUCGGUGCCCAAUUCGACCCAUUUUCAUCCCUAUAUCGAAGUGGUAAUCAGUGAUGGUUUUUAUUUUAUUUUUUUAUAUUUGGAAGAAGAUAGAUGGCAAAUUGGCAACAUUAUUCUUGUUCAUAAUCCCGGUGGUAUCGUUUUAUUUAUUAAUUAUUAAGUUAUGUCCGGCUGAAACUUCACUGAUGCUGCGUUUCCUUUUGGCAAGAUUCCGGCCGGUCAGUCUUCUUCUGGGUUGAAUCAAUCUAAUAUUUCCUUUCCUUUUGGACUCGCCGCACUAUGUUCUUAGCUACAAUACAAUACAUGGCAACUUACCGGCGAAAUUCUUUUUGACCGGUUCUCGCCGGGAAAUUACUGCACAAUCAUUGAUGAUAAAACGCAAAUUUCCAUUUUUGUUUUUGUUUUUGUUUUUGUUUUUGUUUCUAGAAUAAACUAUUUUGAAAAAUCGAAAAGCUGUUUUUUUAUUUAAAGGAGAGGCUCUCGCCCACACACACUCACUUCACUUGCAUUUUUCGUCUGCCAAAACAACCAAAUUAGCUCGCUUAAGAAAGCUCUUUCCCUCGGCUCCUCCAUCAAUGGCGUCUGCUUUAAGGAGCUUCCUGAGGAAACGAUCAGCGCCUCUACUUACUUCCCGCCACCGCCAGCAGCCGCUGCUGCUGAGUAGCCUUUCGACGGAGGUGGCGGCCGAUUCCGCCGCCUCCUUCUCUCAGAGACUCAGAGAUCUGCCCAAACUUCUCCCCGGCACUCAAAUCAAGCCCGACGCUUCCAAGCUCAUUGGGAGAACUCCCCUUGUGUUCCUCAACCAAGUGACUGAAGGAUGUGGAGCUUACAUUGCUGCCAAGCAAGAAAUGUUCCAACCAACAUCUAGCGUUAAGGACAGACCAGCAUUCUCAAUGUUUGCAGAUGCAGAAGCUAAGAACUUGAUUUCUCCAGGAAAGACAACCCUGAUCGAGCCAACUUCAGGAAACAUGGGCAUCAGCAUGGCAUUCAUGGCAGCAAUGAAAGGGUACAAGAUGGUUCUGACCAUGCCUUCCUACACAAGCAUGGAGAGAAGGGUGUGUAUGAGAGCAUUCGGAGCCGAGCUCAUCCUCACUGAUCCAACUAAAGGGAUGGGGGGAACAGUGAAGAAAGCUUAUAAUCUGUUGGAAUCUACUCCAGAUGCAUUCAUGCUUCAACAAUUCUCCAACCCUGCCAACACUAAGAUCCAUUUCGAGACGACGGGUCCUGAAAUUUGGGAAGACACAUUGGGACAAGUGGACAUCUUUGUGAUGGGAAUUGGCAGUGGAGGGACUGUCUCUGGUGUUGGACAGUACCUGAAAUCACAGAACCCUAAUGUCAAGAUAUAUGGAGUUGAGCCUGCAGAAAGCAAUGUGCUGAAUGGUGGCAAACCGGGUCCUCACCAGAUUACAGGCAAUGGAGUAGGGUUCAAACCUGACAUAUUGGACAUGGACGUGAUGGAGGCGGUUCUUGAGGUUAGCAGCGAAGAUGCAGUGAACAUGGCCAGGAGGCUGGCUGUGGAGGAGGGACUCAUGGUUGGGAUAUCAUCUGGAGCUAAUACAGUGGCAGCACUUAAGCUGGCUCAGAUGCCAGAGAACAAGGGGAAGCUUAUUGUGACAAUCCAUGCUAGCUUCGGGGAGAGGUACCUGUCUUCGGUGCUGUUCCAAGAGCUGAGGAAAGAAGCUGAGAACAUGCAGCCAGUCUCUGUUGACUGAAUCAUCUGCAGAACUAGUCCAAAUUUGUUUCUGUUCCAGGCAGUCUCUCGGUUACAUCUGUCUGUCUGGCAGUCUGUUGUUGUUUUACCCUUUAGCUGGUUUGUUUGCAACUCCUUUGGUCUCCUGCUUGUAAUACUUGUAACCUAUGGUAAUGUUUAAUGAAAUCAUGCGCCUAAUAAAUCUCUUCUUCCCCCCUUUUUGAUUCAGUCUCAAAUCACAAUGACUUCAUCAGUAUGUUUUUCUAAGAAUGAAAAGCCUAUAAAGUAUAAAAACCAAC